GGGUUCGAAACCUGAAAGAGGAAUUUGUUUUAAUUCUUUUUUUUUACGCAAUAAAAUUACGAUAUUUCUAUUAUUCGAAAAAAUGUCUUUCUAGAACGAGAACAUCUUUAAAAAAAACUAAAAAAAAACUCAAUGAAUGAAUUUAAAUAAUUUUCGGAUCGAUGGAAUGCCUAAACAGUUGAACUUUCUAAUAGAUGAAAACGAAACUAUUGGGAAAGAUGGAACGUCAACACAUGGGCCGAAUGCAGUUAUAUCCAUGAUAGAUUAUGCCAUGAAUUCGUACAGUACUGGGGAAACAAAGUGUGCCAUACAUGCUGAUAAUUGUCCAGGCCAGAACAAGAAUCAGUAUGUGAUUGGAUAUUUCAUGUGGCGUGUCAUGACAGGAAGACACCAGGAGAUCGAAUACCAUAUGCAGAUUCCUGGCCAUGCACACGGCCUUGUUGACAGUGGAUUUGCUUCUUUAAAGAAGCUUUACCGGCGCACCGAUUGUGAUUCCCUUGUUCAGUUGCAACACGUUGUUGAUAUGUCGUCUGCUACAAAUGAAGCUGUUCGAUAUCCUGCUUGGCAAUGGCGUGACUGGAAAUCGUUCUUGGGACCUGUUAUUAAACCAAUGCGUGGGAUAAGGAAGUACCAGUACUUCAAGAUGUCUUCUGACAAACCUGGUGUAGUAACUGUGAAAGAGAACAGAGACACAGAUGAAACGACUGUAAACGUGCUGCGGUCUCAGGAUCGUGUAUUUCCAGCAGACGACUUACCAACAGUUAUCCCUGCCCAUGGACUUACACGAGAACGCCAGGAUUACCUUUAUAAGGCCGUCAGACCUUAUGUACGCCCAAUGCACCAGGAUAGCACGUGCCCAGCGCCUAGUGAUCAGUAGUUGUUUGACAUUUGUAGACACUUGAAUUGGAAUAUAUAUGAGCCGCUUCACGGAAAAAUGUGCCUUCGGGAAUCUUCGAGGCUUUGCGACCAGCGUGGACCCGGAUCAACAUGCGCAUCCGCGCAGUAAGAUCAGGGCCCACAUUGUUCGUUGUUACGUCAAAGAAGGCUUAUUCUACCUGAAGAUGCAAUUUUCAGGUGUAUUAAUGCUCAGGACAGCCUAAAUAAACACUUUCCGGAAAUUCACGAAGAUUCCCGAAGACACAUUUUCUCGUGUCGGGGCUCAUAUGUACUGUUACGUCUUGACUAAAACGAUAAGUAAUUAGUAAUUAUUUAAUUUUUGCUGUUAUAUUUACGUUGUUAUUAUAACAAUAUGUUUAAAUAUAAUGUUAAAUAAAUGUGAAACUAGACAGACAUUGUU